AUGAGGCUGUCAGGUGGUGGGGCCUGGACCAUUCCCAGACAUCUUCGGGCGAGGUGGGGUCCACCCUGGACAGGUCACCAGGCUGUCACAGGACAAGUUAUCCAGGUCAAGCAGGGUGGUGGGGGCCUGGACCCAUUCCCAGCCACUUCGGGCGAGGGCGGGGUCCACCCUGGACAGGUCGCCAGUCUGUCGCGGGACAAGAUAAUCCAGGUCAAGCAGGGUGGUGGGGGCCUGGACCCAUUCCCAGCAACUUCGGGCAAGGGUGGGGUCCACCCUGGACAGGUCGCCAGUCUGUUACAGGACAAGUUAAUCAAGGUCAAGCAGGGUGGUGGGGGCCUGGACCCAUUCCCAGCCACUUCGGGCAAGGGUGGGGUCCACCCUGGACAGAUAAUCAAGGUCAAGCAGGGUGGUGGGGGCCUGGACCCAUUCCCAGCAACUUCGGGCAAGGGUGGGGUCCACCCUGGACAGGUCGCCAGUCUGUCGCAGCACAAGAUAAUCAAGGUCAAGCAGGUGGAUUCAGCUCCAGUCCUCCUCCAGUCCCUGUUUCUGAAGACACAGCGGGAGUUCCAGGGCCGGUGGAGACUGGAGAAUACUCUCCUGGAGAUUACUAUGACCAUCCCAGAUUACCAGGGUCUUCGGGGCCUGGACCCAUUCCCAGCCACUUUGGGCGAGGGCGGGUCCACCCUGGACAGGUCGCCAGUCUGUCGGAGGGCAAGAUAAUCAAGGUCAAGCAGAAAGGUUAAAUGAUCGAUAUGGCUGUGGGAUGAGAUCAACCUUUGAUGGUGCGGAGUUACACGAUGCCUACAUGUUAAACGGAACGGAUCCUCCCGAAUAUCUCAGAGAGUACCUCGAAAGCUUCCGGUGACGUACCAG